AACUUUGCAUUGUCGUUCGUUUCAAACUAAAAAAUUUGAUGUUAGUAUUUUGUGUAUUAUUAUGGGAAAACCAAUAAUGAUUGAUAGUCAACCUGAUGGAGCAAGUAAAGAACCCAGAGACAAAAUAGCUAUUGGCAUCGAUCUGGGUACGACUUUUACAGCAGCAGCAGUAUUUAGAAACAACAAUCCAGAAAUAAUCAUUAACAAAGAAGGAAAUAGAUUGACGCUAUCUGCAGUAUUUUAUCCUCCUGAAAAUUUGUCUCCUAUAGUGGGAGAAUUGGGGGAAGAUCGUUCAACUAAAUGCCCGAACAAUUUUAUUUAUGACACAAAAAGAAUUAUUGGACGCAGCAAUGACGACGUAUACGUUAACAAUUUCAUAAGCAAAGAAAAAGCACGAAAAUUCGGAAUGCAGCUUUGCAAAGAGUUUCCAGGCAAUUCUCCAUACAUCAAACUGGUAUCUACAAAUAAGGAUUCAAAAAACAUCGUGACACCUGAACAAGUUAGUGCCGAAAUAUUGAAAUACAUUAAAGAAUCGGCUGAAAUUUAUUUAGGAUCCGAUGUCACUGAAGCUGUAAUCUCAAUUCCGGCCUACUUCAGCUACCCCCAACGCGAAGCUACCAAAAGAGCAGCCGAAUCAGUUGGUUUAACAGUUUUAAAACUGAUUACUGAACCAGUAGCUGCAGCAAUACACUACACCCAUGGAAAAAUCGUAAAUGACACACGAUUAUUGGUGGUCGAUUUGGGUGGAGGUACUUUGGACGUUUCAGUAAUCAAAUGUACCAAGGACAAAUUCGAAGUGCUGGCUGUAGAAGGCGACAUGUUUCUUGGCGGAAGAGACUUCGAUGAAAUUAUUUUUGAAUAUUUGAGACAACAAAUUGCAAGAUUUGGUACAUCAAUUACCGACCCAAAUACAAGCAGAGGUCAAAGAUUUUUAUACAGAUUAAAAAAGAUCGCAGUGAAAUAUAAAAAAUAUCUCUCCUUGAAACAUGAAUAUUCAAUGGACAUUGAUUGCGGUGCUGACGAAGUUUAUGAAAUUGCACUUUCCAGAGUCAAAUUCGAGGAGCUUUCCAGGGAACUUUUCGACCGUGUAAUCAAUAAAAUCCGAAAAUGCUUAGAGAUUAAUAAUAUAUCAAAAGAAUCCAUUGACAAAGUUGUUUUAACAGGUGGCUCUACCAGAAUCCCAAAAAUCUAUGAGGAGCUAACCAAAUUGUUUAACGGUAAAAAACCUUAUGCGGAUUUGAAUCCUGACGAAGCUGUAGCUUUAGGAGCUAGCAUACAUGUUGCCUUAUUGAAAAACAAUCUUCAACAAUUGGAAACUUAUCAAUUGAGAGAAGUAGCACCACAUUCACUAGGUAUAUUGGCCAAAUACGAUUUGAUGGUGACAUUUAUCCAAAAAGGCACUGUACUACCAGCUUACGUUAAACAAGUAAUGGAAACUAGUGAAAACGAUCAACAAUCAGUCGUAUUUAAUAUUUACGAAGGCGAAAGGAAACAUUGCAUACACAAUAAGAAAAUAGGUGAAUUCAUUAUUGCCGAUUUACCUUCUGGCAAGGCUGGCGAAAUUGAAUUUGAAGUAUUCUUUAUACUAGACGAAAACGGUCUUUUGCAAGUGAAAGCAUCUGAAAUAAAAACCAAAAAAUCCAAUAAUCUUAAAAUCAAAAUGGAAAAUCUAUCGUUGUGCGACAAUUCCAUACAUUCGUUGGAAUACGAAAGCUUAAUUGACGAAACAGAUAGACAAUAUGAGGAAUUUUACAGAUUGCGAUUGCUGAUUGAUACGUAUUGUAGCCGAAUCAUUUAUGAUGUAGAGCAACCGUUUUAUAAAACGAAAAAAGAUGUAUUAAUCAAAAAAAUUGAUAAGUUUAAGAAGGUUUGCGAACCUUUACCGUUUAAGGAAAUUGAUAUUUUGAGAGCAGAAUAUGAGAAAUUGCAAAGGAGGAUCAAUGAUACGUUAAAUAGUAAGUUAGAGGACUAAAUAAAUAAGGUUGUAUGUUUUUAUUUAUUUUUUAAUAUAUCUUUGUAAUUUA